AUGGAUAACUUGUUCAAAGUCAAGUCAUAUUCUCAAAUAAAGACAGCCGAACCCACUCCAACUUUUGCUAGUUACCCUGAAAAUGAAAGCAUUUCUAACGGGCCCAUUCUCGCUGUCAUGGGCACUUGUUUUGCCGUUUUGAUGGCACUAACUGUCUAUGCUGUCUUUGAAACAGCGCCAAGAAAGAGAUUGUUUGUUAUAAAAGGCAAACCAGUGAGAACAUCUCUUACUACAAAAGAAAUUGAGCUUCUGGGGAAACUGAGGUACUUCCUCAAGAAUAAUGAUUACUGCUGGCUGAAGGUUGUGUUUGAUAACCGCUGUUAUCCGAUUGACUACGAAGAGCAAGAUGGCUGGAUGAACGAGCACACGGGAGAAAUUGUUCCUUAUGCAGAGACAAGGUACACUCAGGCACCUCAAAAAUCACACCCGUUAUCCCAGUUUGAAGAGCUUUAUCGUUUGAACGUGAAAAUCCCUUCUUCUCCGGAAGAAAAAAUGCUUAUCCAGAAGCUGAUUUACGAAGACAUCGACAUCGAUGAGUUUGUGGAUCUUUACUACGGACCAGAGCAAAAAGCUAUUGAUCUGGACUUAGAGAUCUGGACCGGAAUGACAUCCGAAGAGCAAAAUGCCUCCAUAAAGUCAUACUUUGACUCUCAAACAGUGGUCAGCCUACAAGCCCUUAGAAGUCUGAUCAACGGAUUCCCCGGUUUGAGGCCUGAGUCAGCUCUAUUCCUGCAGCAAAAGUUUGUAGAAUCCAAAUUUUCGUUGUUGUCUAUGGCAAACGGAGACCAUCCGUUGAUGUCGGUAUGUGCAAUUUUGUUGAUCAGAGACAUGAUCAUCUGUCAAGGAGACUUCGAGCUUUCUGUCAGUGUUUUUCUCGAUUUUCUGCUCCCGUUAUUACGUACUCCUUCAAAGUACACUUCAGUUAUGCAGACUACAUCAAAGGCAGUGACGAUGAUGGUGGGAGCUCUUGAUCUGAGCUCCGUUUUCAUCAUCCAAUCAUCAGCAUUUGAGGAUAUACUUCUUAACGGAUGUGUCUCAUUCCAGAAGCUGGUGCUGGAAACUAUUGUCGUUUGUCUGUGCCGUCACAAAGCUGAGAGGCUGGCUAAGCAGCUAAUCAGUUUCGUGAUGCCCUUUCUGCCAAAGCUUAGGGAACAACCGGUAUUAGUUGAUCUGCUGCACAGUAUUCCGAUUGCGGGAACAGAGCUCAGUCACCCUGCUUUGAAGCUGAUAGAUGACUAUAAGAACCUGUUGAUGGAUUAUGGUGAAAAUCUUGGACAAGGGAAGCCUCUACUAGAGGACGGUUACGAUAACCGCAACAGAAUCCUCCAGCCUUCUAACAAACCUGAAAGCAGAUGA